GCUUGAUUGACAUGUAGUCUAUAGAAAUGACGAGUAAAGUAUUCGUGUGGCAGUAUCACAAAGUUCGUGCAAAACACAAUUCGACAAAGGCAGCAGGAGUUUGGACAACAAUUGGCGCAUGGAUCGCAUGAUGGUGGUGGGGGUGGUGGUGGUACACAGCAUGGAUCGCAACAAGGUGGGCAUGGUGUUGAAUUUGGUAUGCACGGCGGGCCACAGAUGCCAUGCGCCCCGCAUGCGGUAAUUUGUCCAUAUGGUCCUACUGGUCCGUAUGGGCCUACUGGAGCAACAGAAAAACCGCAAGGAUCGCACAUUUCUAGUUUUGUUGGGGCUGGUUGCUGUUGGCGAAAACGAUUGAUGGCUUUGUUGACUUGAUUCGCGAAUUCGGACUGUCUGACCUACCACCAGGCAUCCUCGGUGUACCGGGCAUGUGUGGCGCCGAACGUAACCCCUAUCAGGUAAACAAUGCGCCAGCCUACCGCAUCUCCAAGGACGCCAUACUAACCGUGCAAACUGCGCAAUCCUUCCCUAAUGGCUUCCCUACGGACUUUUCAAUCAUUUUGGCUUUGCGCAGCAAUCAAACGAAUCCAACGAAAGCGCCAGUCUUUACCAUCUACUCGGACGAAAGUGAGGAGGUGCUCUCACUCAGCCUAGGCAAGGAGAUUAGUCUCAUUUAUGAACAAUCCGAUGCAACAUUCAAUCAACGUAACACCAUUAAUUUUGGCAUUGGCAUUAGUGACACGAAUUGGCAUCGCAUCGGUGUGAGUGUGAAAGGAAGGGCGGCAACCUUGGUGGUGGAUUGCACAAAGCAGGUGACGCGCCGGCUAGAACGUUCUCGUGGCAGUAGUAUUGCUACAAAUGGGCUAAUACUUACCGGCGUACAAAUGACAAACGAUGAAGGAUUUUUCACUGGCGAUGUGCAAUUGAUGGCUAUUGUAAAUAGUCCGGAGGCCGGCUACGAAGUUUGCACGAAGUAUGCGACACCUUGCUUGCAACAGGGAAGCGUUACAGUGCAGAGGUUUGUUGACAAUGGGGUUGGUGGAGGUGAGGCGGGUGGCAGUUGGUCAUGGUCUUCGAGUAGCAGCAGCAGUAACAGCGGUGGAGGUGGUGCGCAAGGCGUAGAUUUGAGCAGAGUUGCGCUUGGCCUUGGUGACGUUGGCGGAGGAGUAGUUAGAGGUGCCACAGGUGUAGCCAGCAACUCACAAGCAAAUGCGCCAAAUUUUCAAUUUACAAAUUCCCAUAUGAGUGAAACUAGGUCACUGGUGGACGGCGGCAGCCUAGCUGGAAAUCUUCAAAGUAGCGAAGCCCGACGUGGUCAAGAGCCCGGAGUUUAUGGUGCUGAUGGUAAUGCUGCUAAUGGAUUUGCACUCCUCGGAAAUCGUGUUGCAGCGGGUGAUGGUUCUGGUAGUGCCAGUGCUGCUCUUCCGAAUUGGUCAAUCGAGGGCAAUGAGCGAGAUUUCGACGAUUAUAUCAUAGAGGGUAACGAAAGUAUAGACUUCAAUACGUACGUAGACCUAACGACGCCUCCGAAUGUCGAAACAAGCAACAGCAACGAAACGAACAGCAAUAUAGACAGCAAUCAAAAAGAGAUUGGCGUCAACUCGACUGCGGCGGAUACAACAGGUGUUAAUCGAAAGCCACAAAAGCGUCCUAAUGGAGGCAUCCAAGGGAAUGCCACAGAUCCGAGUUAUGUCAUCAGCGGCGGUAAUACAAUCUGCUAUCCCGGUCCAAGAGGAUAUACGGGCACUCCGGGCCCCCCGGGAGAGCUAGGCUCAAAAGGUGAAGCUGGUCGUGAUGGUUUAGCUGGCACUGCAGGUAUACAGGGACCACCUGGGCACGUUUUUGUAGUUCCUUCUACUCAAGGUGGUAGUGAGAAGGGACCAGAUUCUCAAGCGGAGGCCUUACGGCAGAUGAUUUCCCAGCAUAUGAUGGCUUUACGCGGUCCCGAAGGUCCUAUGGGUCUUACAGGACUUCCCGGUCCACCCGGCCAGCCUGGUCAGCGUGGCGACAAGGGCGAGCCUGGCGACGUUGGCGAACCGGGCUUACGCGGUCUGCGCGGUCCCGCCGGCCCACCCGGUCGAGAUGGAAGACGUGGCCGUUCGGGAAGAGAUGGCGAACGUGGUGCCGUAGGGCCGCAAGGAUCGAAAGGUGAAAUUGGACCAAUGGGCCCCAUUGGUUUGCCGGGUGAAAAGGGGCAUCGUGGGUUGCAUGGUCUGACCGGUGAAAAAGGCCAGCAGGGUGUUGAAGGUCAACCGGGGGAAGAAGGCCCGCCUGGUUUGCCCGGCUUGCCAGGCGAAUUGGGACCUCGUGGUUUUCCAGGUCCGCGCGGCUUUCCAGGCCCUGCUGGUAAUCCAGGCUUACAAGGAGCAGAUGGACCACAGGGUACCAAAGGUAGCGCUGGUUUAACGGGGCCACCUGGCCCUCCAGGGCAGGUCGGAGCAAAUGGCGCACCAGGUGCCCCUGGUCCACAAGGCAACCUCGGCCCACCUGGAGUAGCUGGACCACCUGGAAAACCUGGCCUUCCUGGAUUGCCUGGAGCGGAUGGGGCACCAGGGCAUGCAGGUACACCAGGCUCCAUUGGGCCAAAAGGUGAUCAAGGUAUGCAAGGUGUUCAGGGGCCCGUCGGUUUUCCCGGCCCUCGGGGUCUCAAAGGUGAUGAUGGCCAACGCGGUUCACCAGGUGACAAAGGUGACAAUGGCGAAAGGGGAUUGGAUGGUGAGAAGGGCGACGCUGGUCUACCUGGUGAGCGUGGUACUCCCGGUGCACCUGGCGGUCCCGGCCCAGAAGGUCCGGAAGGCCCCAAAGGUUUUGAAGGCCCUCGAGGUGAAACAGGUCCGCAAGGCUUAUCAGGUGAAAAAGGUAAGCAAGGACCACAAGGAUUUCAAGGUUACCCUGGUCCAUCUGGUGACAAAGGAGACAAGGGCGCAACAGGUACGACCGGACCGGUCGGUAUAAAAGGCGAGCGUGGACUGCAAGGUCAGUCAGGUGAGCGUGGCGAAAUGGGUCCUAGAGGAUUUCGUGGCUCAAGAGGAAGACGAGGUGGUGAUGGUAGUCCAGGUCCGAAAGGUGAUACAGGUCAACCAGGAGCACCUGGACCACAAGGUGAAACGGGGCCACAAGGCACGGAAGGUCCGCGUGGUUUUAUUGGUUUACCGGGUCCUCCUGGAGCUGAUGGAAAAAAUGGUGUGAUGGGUCCGCCAGGCGAGCGGGGACAGCCUGUGAGUACGGUUAUGAUAUUUAUGAAAUUGCUUCUUCAUCAUUUUUGUAAAUUUCAGGGAGAACCUGGAAAGCCUGGACCUCCUGGAGAGGCUGGAGUUAUAGGCCCACGUGGUGCGCCUGGAGAAUUAGGUCCUGUUGGCGAACCCGGAGUGCCUGGUCUUCCGGGAUUGCCUGGAGAAGCUGGUUUACCAGGUGAAGCCGGUAAAGAAGGUCCUCCUGGUCCAAUCGGACCAAUUGGAGUCCCCGGACCACAAGGCCCCACUGGACUCCCUGGUUUUCCUGGUGAACGUGGUCAUCAAGGGCAACCUGGACUUCCUGGACUUAAAGGCGAGCAAGGGUUGCUGGGUGCACCUGGAUACCCUGGGGAUAAGGGUCAGACCGGAGAACCAGGAAAUCCUGGUGGACAAGGUCCACCUGGAAACCUGGGACCACCAGGUAGUGCUGGAGCACCAGGUGCAAAAGGCGAGCCUGGAGAAAAGGGGCCUAUCGGACCGUCUGGUAGAGAUGGGUUAACUGGGUUGCGUGGACUACCAGGACCACCGGGUCCUCAAGGUACACCUGGAGAAGACGGUGACAAAGGCGAGACAGGUCCGCCUGGCGAAAAAGGCUUGAAAGGAAGUAGAGGGGAACUGGGCCCAAUCGGCUCAACAGGACCACAAGGACCACGUGGUGAGUCUGGACCACCUGGAUCACCAGGAGAAAAGGGUCCGCCAGGUGAAGCUGGUCGGAGAGGUAUAAAGGGCGAAGAUGGUACGCCUGGUCCACCUGGGCCACUCGGAAAACCAGGAAUACAAGGUUUGCCAGGUCCAGCAGGCUUAAAGGGUGAGCAUGGCGAUGAUGGUCUGAUGGGACCGCUAGGGCCGCCGGGACCUCCAGGCGAUCAAUGCAGAAGGGGAUUAAAAGGCGUUCCUGGUCAGCAAGGGAAACCUGGACCGCGAGGACCGCAAGGUACAACAGGAGCAGAUGGUCCCCAAGGACCGCCAGGACCAGUGGGUCCAACAGGUAAACCUGGAGAACCUGGAUCAACGGGCCCCAAAGGAGAACAAGGCAAAUCGGGACCGAUAGGAGCACCUGGCCGACAAGGCAUACAGGGUCAAGAAGGUCCAAAAGGAGCUAUAGGUCCACGUGGCUAUCCAGGAGCCAGAGGGGAACCGGGUUUGAUGGGUCCGAAAGGGGAUGUAGGACCUGACGGUGAAGAUGGUAAACCUGGCGAGCAAGGUCCUAUCGGAGAUAUGGGUCCAGAGGGUAGAAUUGGUGAACCUGGACCACCUGGAAAACAAGGAAUUGAAGGACCAGCCGGUUUGCAAGGCAGUCCGGGGCCGAUCGGCGAAAAGGGAGAUAAGGGCGAUCAUGGACCACAAGGUCCGCUAGGAAUUUUAGGUCCACAAGGUCUACCGGGUUUGCAGGGGCCUGUCGGUAGCAGAGGCCUCCCAGGUGAAGUUGGAGAAACAGGCUUGCCUGGUCCAGAAGGGUUGCCUGGAAAAGAGGGCAGUAUUGGAGAACCAGGACCGGCAGGUCCAAAAGGGGACCGCGGAAGACGUGGCCAAAAAGGACAUCGUGGUGAAUUGGGUAUGGUCGGACUAAAGGGUGACCAAGGAGAAAAAGGUGAUCGCGGGUUCCGUGGACCACAUGGCCCCGAAGGACGCAAAGGCGAACCGGGACCAGUAGGGUCGAUUGGACCAAAAGGCAACGAUGGACCGCAAGGUCAACCAGGACCAAACGGACCACCUGGGCCCAAAGGAACAGAAGGCCCAGCGGGAAAUAAAGGUGAUAUCGGCCCACCGGGACCAGCCGGACCGCCUGGCGCGCCAGCCGAGGCACCUUUAAUACCGCCUGAGCUGCUCUUUCAAAUGCAGCAGUACUCGGGCAGCACCAAAGCAGAGACACGCCGACGACGCGAUGUAGAUAUACUCGACGACUUGGUGCCUUUCGAAGACGACGAUGACUUCAAUGAAAUAAUGGGUGUACUCGCGCCGCACGAGCCAGCCACGACCGAACAUCACAAGAAAACUAAACGAAAACGAAAGAAGAAACCAACGAUGCACAACGAAUCAAAUGGAAAACUAGUAGAUAUGUACAGCGCCAUCUACAGCAUGCGUCAGGAAAUGGACCGUAUACGCAAACCGACCGGCACACAAGACAACCCGGUACGCACCUGUCGCGAUCUGCAUUAUGCUCAUUCACAAUUCGAGAAUGGUUGGUAUUGGAUCGAUCCGAAUGCUGGUAUGGCCGACGAUGCAAUCUACGUGUACUGCAAUAUGAGCGCAGGCGGUGAAACGUGCAUCUACCCGGACGCGCAUACGGCUGACGCGCCGGUGGUGCCGCGGCGCACCACUGGCGGCUCCACGUGGUACUCGCGUCUCAGUGGUGGUGCGAAAAUUGCCUACGAUGGAGUGGGUACAGUGCAAUUGACCUUCUUGCGUUUGCUCUCAGAGGAAGGUUAUCAGAAUUUCACAUACAGCUGCACAAAUUCGGUGGCCUGGUAUAACGAAGCGGAUGGUGGCUUUACGCAGGCGCUGCGGCUGUUGGGCGAAAACGAAAUGGAAAUCGCGCACGAUAAUGCGCUCGUACAACCAGAGGUGCUGCGCGAUGAGUGUCAGCGGCCGACCCAAUUGGGUGAGACCGUAUUGCUGGUGCGCACGAAGCGCCUCAAUUAUCUACCGUUGGUGGAUUUUCAUCCGCAGGAUUAUGCGCGAGCAGAUCAAGCAUUUGGCUUCAAGAUUGGGCCAGCGUGCUUCAAAUGAGCGCAUGGAGAAGAAAACAACGAGAGGAAGAGGGAGUGAGCAAAGAGCAAAUAAAAUACUUUAGAAAAAAUAUACCAACAUUUAGAGUUAAUUACAUUAUAAGCAUAGGAGAUUUAGCCUAAUCGACUGCCUUGAUUGUAAAAGAGUUUUAUAAGCAUUCCGAUUAAUAUAAGCGUACUUAGUUUUAUUAUUUUUAAUUUUAUAUUUCAAUACUACUUUAAGCUGAGAGAGUCUU